AUGGCGGCCGAAAUGCCUUUCCAGCAUUCACGGAUCCUCCUAUCCACAGGCAUCGACAUGCACUACGUGCACAUGGCGCCGCCCUCGCCAGCCAAGGGCACCGUGCUUUGCGUGCAUGGCUUCCCAGACACCUGGUACGGCUUUCGGCAUCAGAUACGGGCCCUGGCGUCCCACGGCUGGAACGUCCUGGUGCCCGACCAGCGAGGAUAUGGAGAGACUUCGGCGCCUCUGGGCGACCCUGGGAGGUACUGCAUGGAGGAGGUCUGCGGAGACAUGUGCGCGCUGCUGGAUGCGUUGGGCAUCGCCAGUGUGGUGCUUCUUGGGCACGACUGGGGUGGCACUCUGGUGUGGAACAUGGCCCAGCAGCAUCCCAGCCGCGUGCUCGCUGUGGCGUCCGUCUGCACCCCCUUCUUUCCGAACAACCCGGAGAGGAAUCCCUGGGAGAAGAUGCGUGUGAGCCCUGGACGCUUCGACUACCAGGUGUGGUUCCAGUCUGCGGCAGCAGAGGCCGAGCUUUCCGCGGAUCCAUACUACUCAGUGAAGUGCACGAUAAGGGGGACUGAUGCAGAUGAUUUGAAGCGCCUCUUGGACGCCGCCGACCGAGAGCUGAUCGCCCAAGCGCCCACGGUGAAAGGUGGGAUUCUGAAAGGCAUGCCGCCCAAGGCCCAAUGCCCCCGUUCGGAGAUCCUUUCGGAGGAGGAGCUGCGAUACUACGCCGCGCAGUUCACGCGGUCGGGCUACUUCGGCCCCCUGAGCUGGUAUCGCAACGUUGAGCGUAACUGGAGGUGGAUGUGUUCCACGGCCGGACAGAAGGUCCUACAGCCGGCGCUGAUCCUCUCUGCGGGCCGCGACCCGACCCUGAAGGCGAGCAUGGUGGAGUCGCUGAAGAUGAAGGAGUGGAUUCCGGGGCUUGUGCACCGGCACAUUGAGGAGAGUGGCCACUGGGUGCUGCAGGAGAAGCCAGAAGAUGCCAACAAGUACAUUUGCGACUGGUCCACUGGAGGGGACGAAGAGGUUGUGGAAGAGCCCGCGCCGCCUGCCGGGGCCUUUGGGGAAGAAGCCGAUGAAGUGCAGCUGCAGGCGCUGAGCCCGCACGUGCUUCGGCACGCCGAGAGCAUUCGCAUCACGAACGACUCGCUGUUCCCAGCAAACGUACGUCUGGGCCUGGCAUCCGCUGGCGGAGACUUUGCCGUCGGGGACGACAUCAAAGGCCCCUCGCCAUUCAUCGUGGAGCCGGACAACAUCAAGCUUGGCGUGCAUCAGGAUGCCGAGGUCAAGAUCUGGUGCUUCCCGCCGGAGAAGGGCGUCUACAACGAUCGGAUCGUGGCGCGUAUCGAGCACAACCCGGAGCCGGUCGCCUUCAACCUCUGCGCCGUGGGUGAAGUGCCGGCGCUGUCGCUGGAGAAGGAGGAGGUGGACUUCGGCCGGCUGAUGAUGAACAUCCGGGCCGACGACCAGCGUGUGAAGAUCAAGAACGAGAGCUCCGUGCCCGUGCGCUGGCAGCUGCUCUGCAAGGACUCCAAGGUCCUCGCCGAGGAGAAGGCCGAGAAGGUUGAGAAGGUGGAGGGCGAGGAGGGCGAGGAGGCUCCUCAGCUUCCACCAGGGCCGCGGCUGCCCGAGGAGAUCGUGGUGGAGCCGACGGAAGGACUCUUGUCUGGCAACGAGGAGCGCGACAUCCGCCUGAGCUUCCGGUCUGCCCGGGCCGCGCAGUUCAGCGCCGCGCUACUCCUGGAAAGCCGCGAUGCCGAAGGCUUGAACGGCUGGCAGCAGGCCGCCAAGCUGAGCGUGGCCGCCGAGUCCUUCGCAGUGGAUGCAGUGAUCGAGCCCGAUCCACGUGAGGUGGCCCUGGACUUCGGCACUGUCCUCGUGCACAGCAGUGUGCAGCGCACCUUCGACAUUGUGAACCGCGGCAAGUUCCCUGUGCGCUUCGAGCUGGCCAUUCGCCGGGCUCUUCGCGAGCUGCUGCAGAUCGACGAGCCGAAGGCGGAACUUCAGCCAGGCGAGCGCAAGUCCAUCACAGUGACCUGCAACUCUGGCCGCGUCUUCGAGACCUCCAGUGAGGGCAUCGCCUUGCAGAUCUUUGACCAGCUGAGCGGCGAGUCCGUCGACCACCGGAUCCCGCCCAUGCGCGUGGCGCUGACGGCGGUCUACAACACCUUCCAGGUCACUCCACCACGGGGUCUCAACUUCGGCCCCGUGGAGAAGGGGGAGACGCAAACCCGGACCUUCACGAUCCGAAACAACGGCAUCUUCGCCUUCGACUGGAGCCUCUUUGACUGGGCGGAUCCGCCGACCUUCGGCGAGGAUGGCCGGCCGGCCCCGAAGGACAAGGUGGCUGCUGGACCUUUCCAGGUCAAGCCGACGCCGGGUCGGCAGUACGUUGUGUGGGUAUGA